UGAGGCUAAACAAACACAGAUGAACAUUCACACAAAAUCUGCUGCCAAUGUCUGCCUGACUUCACAGGAGGAGCUUUCCACAGACGGACAGACAUGUUUCUCACUGAACACUUAUUUAUAUAACGUCCUCGUCAACAUUAUUUUUCUUGUUUAUUUGACUUUUAGCGAUGAAGAACCCAAUGCAUGUAAAUGACGCUCACUGUCAGAUCCUCAACCCGGUUUCUGGAGACAAGAGAUUAAAACGCAAAGCCAGAGAUCCGGUGAAGCAUGUCAGUGAUGUAUCUUACUUUAAACUGUACAAGACUUCACAUCUGAUGGACGACACCAUGGCAAAUAAGUGCGUGAAAAAGUCCAACGCUUUGGAAACAACCGCGUCGCGGGAUGACAGCGCACCAGGGCACGACAUUUCAAACACUGCCAUCGAUAUGAGAAUCAAUACCGUCAUCGCCGGAGAGCCGCGCGACUACAGCUCGAAGACUGUCAAUAAUAAUAAAAGCGUAAUAACAAGCGCACGGGUUUCGGCUUUGGACAGUCCGCCGGUGUAUGUGCUGUCUCCGCGCGCAGUCUCGCAGGCGCCUGCGAGCGGCGGUAGGAGCGAGCGCGCGGAAUCACCAAGGAAACGCACGGGAGAGCAGUCCGGCGCGGGCACGGAGAUCAAAGCCGUACAGCAGACGCGCAGACUGUUGGCGAACGCGCGGGAGAGGACGCGCGUGCACACCAUCAGCGCGGCCUUUGAGGCGCUCAGAAAGCAGGUACCCUGCUACUCCUAUGGGCAGAAGCUUUCCAAGCUGGCUAUAUUAAGAAUAGCUUGCAACUACAUACUGUCACUUGCUCAGCUUGCUGACCUGGACUAUACCCCAGACCACCGCAAUUUGAGCUUCAGAGAGUGUGUGGAGCAGUGCACUCGAACUCUACAGGCUGAGGGUCGCUCCAAAAAGAGGAAGGAAUAAAACGAAGAACAUCUUCAGUGACUCUGGAGAACGAAGGACCUCAAUGAAGACACUUUUCCCAAUGCAGAAGCCCCUGCAGUGUCACAAUUUACAUGUCAAGUGGGGAGUUUUACUGUAAACACUGUGCAAUAGAUUUUACUACAGCUGACCAGUGUCAAAAACUACACUUUUUUAGGCUCUUAGUAUGCACACUUAUGAAAACUCUUGUGCAGUUAAAAACGACAGAUUUCACGAGCAUUGAUAUAUCAAUUUCUGUUGACAUGUUUUUGGAUUAUUGGAUGAAGACGUGAAGAAUUGCUCAGUGAAAGUCUUCUGGAAUUGUUUUAACAUAACUUCAUAUAAAACGUUAACAACAUAAAAGAGGUAUGCAAAAUACCAUUAUAAUAUUUCUGGUCUCUGAGAUUUACAUUAUAAACCAGUAAGUUCAAUAAACCAGUCAAAAUGAACUAACAUUUUUAUUAUUCAUUUAAAUCAAUCAGUUAGCUAUAUCCAUUAGUUUCAGACAGUUUUCAGACCGAUUGGUACUAUUAAUAUCCACCAAAACAUAUUUAAUGCUGCAAUAUUUUUGGAUUUGAGAGAAUAAGUGCAGCAUUUCCUCAACCUUAACAUUUUUUUAAAGAAGGACUGUAUAUGUACUGUAUAUAUGAAGAAUAAGUGACCUGAGCUAUGCAGGAUUCCUAUCAGCAGGUCACAAACAUUUGAUCAGCUAUGUUAUUAAUAUGUAAUAAAUGAUGCAAUGUCAAAUCA